AUGGCGGUUAUGGAUCUUGUGGGCAAAGAUGGGAGUGUUGGGCAAGAGGAGGCUGCCAGGGCAUCUGAGCUGUUCACCCGAGAAAAGCCUUUUACCAUCAGCAACCUGACCAUCACGAUUGCUCUCAGUGUCUCUAUUCCUAUCGUGGUAAUUCUUGUAGUUCUGGCUUUUCUCUAUCGUCGGAAUCUGAAGAGGCAGAGGCUUGAGGAUGCGAAGGACUCUCACCGUGACCUCGAUUUUGGUCUUGGCGACACCCCAAUGGUAGAUGGCAAGAAGAAGUCUCGCAAGAGCUUCCUUAUGGGAGGAGACAAGAACAAUCAUCGAACCAACCAACUUUCCAUGGAUAUGAACCUCUCUUCGCCAUAUCUGCUGCCACCGCAGGUUCAGGCUUCGCACGAUUCCCUGGCUAGGGACUACAGCAAGGAAUACGACCCCUACCAGAUUGUGAAUAGCGAGGUUGGAUCCAUCAAGUCAUUCGGAAAAGAGAGUCAUCAUAGGUCUGGUCCCAUUAGGCAGGGUUCGUUCCCCAAGUCGAGCCUUUCGUCCCACGAAAAGUCAAAUCCUUUUGCAUCCCCCGUUGCUCCCGAGCCUGUUCACCGGAGCUCUACCCCCAAUGACCCAACCGGACCAAUCCAUCCCAUCAAGCCCCAGGUUGCUGAGAGAGGAGAUGUGAACGGAAUUGAGCCAUACCAAACACCAAAUAUCCAAGAGCCACCAGCAGCUGUUUCCAAAAACCCCAUGGACCGAAUUGCCAGCCCCCCUAUCGACGACAAAUUCGAUUUUGGACUUCCCCCAUCAGACAACCACAAUGGCGCUACUAAGUCUCCUACCAACUCUGGUGGUCUUGGAAUUGAUCUCAACCUCCCACAACCCUUGUCGCCUAUCGAUGAUUUGAUGUUCACCACAGCAAAUUCAAGUCCGCAACCAGAUGUUGGCAGCCCAAAGCCCGCCCAGACCCAGGCCCAACCAACAACUGCCACACCCGGAGCACGAGAAUCCCAAGGGAGCUUUUACGAUGAUCAACCUCAGAUUCAGACAGCCGACUAUUACGAGGACUACAGUGACUACGGUCGAGGCCGCCCAACUUCAAGGCAGUCUCUGGAGCAUCACGUGCAGCCUCAACCGCGACAGCAGCCUGGAGGUUUGGGUGUCCCUCAACAAGAAUCUAAGCGACUGUCGGUUGGCUUCCGUCCUCUUCCUCCUGAUGAUGCUCUGGACUCUGAGGACCCCGAGUACCGUGCUAAUCGUAUCCGAUCCUUCUACAAGGAGUACUUUGACGACUCAAAGGAAACGGCUCCUCCUGUUCCGGGUGUUCCGGCUCAGCACUCUGGCCCGAGCACUCAAUACUACGAGGACUAUGAUGGACGCUAUCUUGGUGAAACGGCCUUUUUCGAUCCCGAUACAAACGCAUUCGUCAUGCCGUAUGCCCAGCCAGUUCACCGUCGUGCCAUGACACCACCGCCUGCCGGACGUAGAGGACCCCCGGGCCCUGGCCCUCGCGGCGCACCUCGGUCGGCAUCUCGAGGACCUCGACCUCAUGGCCCACACGGGUCUCUUGGUGGAAUGAGCCUUCCUGGUGGACCACGAUCUCAAUCAGCAUGGGGCCCCAGACCUGGAUCUUCUGCCUCACGACAGGGGAAGAACCUGCCACCACCUACCGCUCUGAAGACCCUUCCUACCCCAUCCAAACUCACUGAUGACUCUUUUGCCCUGAUGACCGCCACUGACUUCGCCCCUCCUGAUGCUUUCGGUGAGAGGGCUCGUGGAAGAUCACAGAGCCCUCUGGGUGAAAGACGCCCUUACCAGCCCAAGGUUCCUGCCGCCUCUCCCCUUGUCAACGCCUAUGACGAGCUUAAUGCCCUCCCUAGCCCGCACCUCCUCCGCAAGUCGUCCACCUUCACUGGCCUUGAUUUCUUGCCACCCAAGAAAUUUAAGGAUGGGGAUUCGAUGAGUGAUGCGGGAAGCAUUCGAAGCAACCGGAGUGGUCUCUCUGCGCAAGCAGCGCAUGCCAUCCGUUCCGGAGCUGGUCGUAUCAGUCGACUACCGGGUGACCAGGUCUUUACACAGCAAGCACUCGCCUCUGAGCUGAAACCCCAGUGGGGAAUGCGUCAGUAA